GUCCGAGGUUCCCUUUAACGCAAUGGCUGCCAUUGGGGCUGGCAGUGAUCAAACGAUCGCUCCCCAAUCAAAAUUGAUUGGAAGUCUAUUGCUGUCAGUGGCAGUCAAAGAGUUAAUGGUAUCUUGAAGCAGUUGUGACUAAACAGUGGGCACAUCAUUUUGGUUGACAGUGGAAAGAUCAGCAUGACCGCAAAUACUCCUCAGGUUGGUUGGCACAUCUGGCACACUGUUCUGUGGUUCUGGGUUCAUUUCCGGCACCUUGCAUGCGUGGUUUUCUCCAGGACACCUGUGAACUAUUCGCCAUUGUGAGCAUGUUUGGGCUACUACUUUUACAGACCUAAUUGUGUGAAUGCUUUGCAAAGCAAAGCCUCCCCACAUAUUUGUAUGUUUUUUCCUGUCCAUUUUUUUCGCCGAAUAGCACACUCACCUUGACGGAUUCUCUCCAUUCCAACUUCAAAAUGUUUCAAAAAUAUCAUUCAACCUAGGGUCUUUUUCAAUUUCACCCGUACUUUUUACGGUUGUGGCAAAACCACAGUUUUUGGGGCCAAAAAAGCUCCAUUCAUUUCCAAAUCAAAUCAGGAAUUCAAGGCGAACAAAAGUUUUACACAGGUGGAGAAUAUAGAUGAAGUGACCAAAAAUGCCCUAAAUUCAUCAAGAAAUUAUGCAAAAUGUACAGGAAGUAAGCCCGGAAUGGUCCAAAAUAUGCAGGAAGUGACCUAAAAUCAAGAGGAAAUAACCUGUAAGUACCCUAAUUUUUGGGACGUGAUCCAAAAAAUUGCCAUUGACAACGAAAUUGCCAUUGAAAACGAUCAAGUCCAAUAAUCUCAUUAAAACUGAGAAGACCAGCUGUGAAGGCUCAUCAGUGCCAUUGACGGCAUUAGGCGUCCAUUCCAUUUUGACUCCCAGUCAAUGUUGACCCAAAAGUGUCCCAAAAUUAAUGGGAAGUGACCAAAAAUCUACAGGACAUGACUCAUCGCAGAUACAGCAAACCAUCCCCGUUUCUCUAGAAAUUAUGUUUUCCAGUUGGCACAAGAGGAUCCACUUUUGCUAUUGUUGCUCCUUGUCAUGCUUUUUUGCACCUCAGAGCCGUUGAGUAAGUUUUGCCUCGAGCCAAAUAGGCCGCAGCGAUGCGUUUCCCCUAAGUCGACAAACUCCUCCUACCAAAGGAGUGCAGCAGCAGAACAGUAAAUGUCAAGAGCACAAAGGACAGGAAUCACUUUCAACCAUGUAGAGGAACAAGUAAGAUUCAGUGCGCAUUCUCUGGGACAAUUUUGUGCUUGUUAUUUUUAUUUUUUCUUGGUAACUCGUCACGUCUACUUUCUUUCCCCUUGUCCGGGGUGUGUCUGUAUCUACACUCGGAUUGCUUUGUUCUGCGGCGGUGGAAGCAGCCGACAUGGCAGUGAGGCAGAGGAUCUUCAACUCCACCGCCCCGUUCUCCGGGUCACCUCUGGCCGACCUGAAGGCCUCGUAUCCAAAAUGCACUGCGGUGGAAAAAGGGACGCAGCAGCAUCACCAGCACCAACAGAAGCAGCAACAGCAGGGGGAAGAGGAGGAGGAGGAAGAGCAGUGGAAGAGCUGCAAAGUGGACUACAUUGCGUGUCUGAGCCCACUUUUGAAUAAAGUGCUGACUCAGGGCACCGCCGAGCAAGUUGGCCAAACGCCGCUGAAGAGCUCCCCUUUCAUCGCGCAGGCCGAAUGUGAAACCCAGGAUUCCCAGGAGUUUAGCCCGUCCUGCUUCGAACGUUCCUACGUUCCCUCCUCUGGCUCUUUUAUCGUCAGUUUGCAGCCGGAGCACAACAACGUGGCAUGUCCGACCACGGCCUCUGUCCAGGGUGCCGCCCCGCUCAGCCCGAGGAAAAAGACCCGCAAAAGAGUGAAGCGCAAAGGCCGGAAAAAAGUUACCUGGGAGAAGAAGAAGAAAGCGGAGGAGUGGCAGCACAGCAGAUGUCGCACAGAUACUAGAGUGCCAUCUGGAGUUCCUGAGCAGGAGAGUGGGAGCUCACCGCUGCACAUCCAAGAUCAUUCUCCGGGAGGACGACGGCACCCCCUAAUUUCCUCGUGCUGCGGCAUCACAGUGAGCCCAGAAGAGCGGGACGUAGCGCCCCCUCUCUAUGGCGCCGAGGCUUACUGCGUGGGCACCCCGCCAACCUGGCCCGAGGCGUUCUCCUCUACCCCGUGUAGCCUUCACUCCUACACGCCGGACAGUGACUCGGUCAGCAGCACAGGCGACUGCUCGCUGGCCCUCGUCGGGCUGCGGGGGAGUGUCAGCCAGGGCGACCCAUGCUACGCUGGGCCCCUUUUUAAAGAGGUGGAACGCACCACUAGGGAGGAAAAGGAGGAAGAAGACGAGUGGCGGUCCCACGAGUCUGUCCCCAAUGAGGGGAUCAUUUUUUAUAAUCAAAACUUCCAGCCUGUCGAUUCAGAAUAUAAGGAAGGGAGGGAGUUUGUCCUUUCGGAGUUUAUCAAAGAAGGCUCCUAUGGCCAAGUCCACAGCGCCCGAGAUGUCAACACAGGCUUUAAGUUUGCUGUCAAAAAGAUCGCCCUGAAGAGGUUUAACAGCGAGGAGGCGAGCACGUGGAGUGCCCUCCGAUCCCCUCGCAUUUUGGAGCUCUUCGGAAUUGUUCGAGACGGACCUUACGUUUUCUUUCUCAUGGACCACAAAUAUGGGUCGCUGGGCCAGCUGAUAAUGCAGCGCGGGCGGCUGCCAGAGGACCGGAGUCUCUACUACCUGUUGCAAGUCGCAACAGCGUUGGAGUACCUGGCCAAGAAGAAAGUGGUACAUCUUGAUGUUAAAGCUGACAAUGUGUUGCUGUCCGAGGACGGCCGAGACUCCUUCCUGUGCGACUUUGGCCACGCAGAGAGAUUGGACAUGUUCGGGCAAAGUCUUACCGAUUCCCGAGAGCUGAAAGGUACAGAGACGCACAUGGCCCCAGAAAUGGUGAGAGGUGAACCCCACGGAGGCAAAGCAGAUGUGUGGAGCAGCUGCUGCAUGUUACUGCACAUGCUUAACGGGUGUCAACCUUGGACCAGAUAUUACACCUGUAGACUCUUCCUAAAGAUCGCCUAUGAGCCGCCACCGCUUCGAGAGAUACCGCCAGACUGCGGGCCGCUGACAGCAGAGGUGAUCGAGGCGGGACUGCGGAAAGAUCCUAGCGUGAGAGCGUCAGCCAGUGACCUAAGGGAAUGCACGGCCAGAGCACUCCAACAAGUCGGUGGGCUAAGAAGUCUGUGGAGCACAUCCUACACAGAACCACUGCAUUUGGUCAACAAACCUCCUGACUCCCCGCGAGCUAAGAGACAAGACGAGGAAAACGAAACAGACAGUCGUGCGAUCGUGCAGCCGAACGACAGCCAUGAAGACGAGGCCGAAGCGCCUGAGCUAGGAAGCCAUUUUGACGCCGACCGUUCGAAAAAGAAAAUCGGCGACACCGUCCCGGAAUUGGAGCUGCGUAAACUGGAGAGAGAUUUCUACCUGAGUAGUCUUUCCCAGCUUCAUUCGGCCGAAAUGCAGGAGCAACUCUUGUCUUGUCUCAGCAGCGAUACAUACUCCAACUGGGAUCCGUUGGACAAAAAGCAAAAGGAUGAUUGGACGCCACACGAUUGGACGUCUAUCGUGGCCAAUGGCACUGAAAGAGUUAAGGGUUGUGCUCGCGUCAUGCAGGACUCGGGCCGCUGGUCGCUAAGCCCUGCCGACGACUGCAGCUCAGGCGUCUGCUCCGACAGCGGCCAGCUAGACGGGCAGCAGAACGUCAGUCUGGACCUUCUGGGCCACUCGCCGCCUCGGCCGUGCUGCUUCCAAGGUGGAACGCCAAACUUUUUCUUUUGCUCACUUUAGCUCUUUCUCUGUCAUUUUCCUCAUGUCUUUCUCGCUCUUUUAUAGAUAUAUUUUAUCCACAUAUUUGUUCAUUUUAUCUGGUAUAUUAAUUUCCAUAUUGUUUGUCUUAUUUACCAAGUGUCUGUAACCUGUGACUUGCUUUGGAUAAGAUCAGCUCCCAUCGUAGGCAUGCUGAUAAGGUUAUUGUCCUUGUGCAGCUGCGUAGAGAAUCUCUACUUUGGUGUGUGCCACUCGAGCAGUGUUGUCACUAACGCGUUACCAGCGUUACUGUAAUCUGAUUACUUUCUUUCAGUAACGAGUAAACUAACACGUUCAUUUUUCCAAACCAGUAAUCUGAUUAAAGUUUGUUUCCUUAGUGUCUGUGUGUUAGUAGAAUGAAGAAUAUUGUCAUCAUGUAUGAAGAGCUUUUUGAAUAGAAAAUGCUUGAAAGGUUCCCGCUUCGUGUUCCUUUACAUUACAUGGUAACCGAUCACAGUUACUUCCUGUUUUGGUCUCGAGUCACACGCGCUAAGUGUUUUGGGACUUGAAAAGGGGUGUGCUGGGCUCCCAAUGCGGCUGCACAUUCGAGCCGAGUGUUGAGAUGUGUGAGGGAAUGUUAAUCUGUGUACGUCCAUGAAUGAACGUAUUUUUCCUUCAUUCUGGAGGGUUCCAGCAAUAGGUUGGACCCCCUACUUUGCCGUCGCUACAAGGCUGCAAGCAUUGUUUGCAUCAUAUUCGUGUUGAAGUGAGGUGACGUGUUUGUUUAGCAUCUUUGGGGUUAUAACUGAUAAAUUUCUUUUAAAGUAACUUAGUUACUCUGAUAAUAAAGUAAUCAGUAAAGUAACUAGAUUACUUUUUUGAGGCGUAAUCCGUAAUCGCUAAUUAAAUUACUUUUUCAAGUAAUCUGUGACAACACUCCACACGAGUGCCCUUACAGGGUUAACUUGUAGACUGCCUAUUCGCACGCAUCUGGAAUAAUAAAAAGUGCAUCAGACAUGAAAAAGGCUCAGGGUUAAAAAGGUGAGAAGGUUGUGGAAGAAAUGCAUUCCGGUACACUUUACAACUAGGGCUGUACCAAACGACUAAUUUUCUUCCGAUUAGUCAGCCGACUAUUUAUUUUUUUACGAUUAGUCGACUAAUCUUAUCAUUUUUUUUUUCACCUUUUUUUACUAAUUUAGCAAUGAAAUUUUUGAUGACGCUUAUUAAUUCACAAAAACAUUUGGGAACACUUAAAUUCUUUAUUAAAGUAUAAAUAAAUACGUAAAUAACAACAAUAAAUAACAAAUAAACAAUGAGGUCAAAUGCUAAUUGCAUUAACUAGUGCAAAAGAAUGGUAUGUAAACAGAUUCAGAACUCUGACUUCGCCUUUCCAACAUGAUUCAAAACAAUUCUUAAAAAAAUAUCUAGCAUUAAUAUUAUAGUACACUGCAUUAUAUACUCUACUUAUAGUAUUAUAAUCAUUGCCAAUCAGAUUUUUCAUAAAGGCUGUGUCAUUUUAAAGCUAUUCUGAAGUAUGUGUGAUUAACUUCAAUAAAUCGUUAUUUAUAUGACGAACAUGACGUGCUUUUAUUUUUGAAAUGUUCACCGGAAGUAUGUUCGCUAAACCGCUAACAGUAAACUUUAUACACCGCAAAAAAAGCUCUUUUUGUCAUUGCCUGUGGUGUCAGUAAUCACUGUUUUCGUUUGCAAAUGCUUUUAACCAGCGAUUUUUCAUGUUCAAACUGUCACCUUUUAACCGCAAGUUUGCGUUUUGGAGAAGACUGCCAAUGUUUUAUAGCAGGCUAAAGGGGGUUGUCUUUUUUCCCCAUUAGCCUCAAUGUAGCAACGCUACCGCUUACAGUGUUUGAUAUAGAUGCGUUUCCUUAUUUUGUAUGCCUGAACUUUAAUUAUACGGCAUGUUUAUGACCAAUAAACAUCUGUGAAAGGAACUGGUGUCUCAUAUGCCAUCAACACGCACGUGUACACACACGCACAAAACUAUGCAUGCAUGCACGCGACGAAAAAACGCAGACGUGAAAAUUACCGCCGUCAUGUUUAUUUACCGUGUAAUAAAUGGACUCAUAUCGCGACAGGCUUAGCAACUUCAAUAAAACAUGUCGUUAGUUAGUUGGAUGGACUUAUGUAAUUGUCUCCUGUCGUCUUCCAAUAUUACAACUGGGUGACGGUGCUUUAGUUGUUCAUUCACGGCCGACGUGCAGCCAAGCUUGGCAUUGAAGAAACAGGACACAACAGUGUGCCCUCCUUUGUUUCAUUGAAAUAAGUCAAUGUUUUGGCCACUCUGGUGCGCUUUUUUGGCUUUGUGCCACUUUCCCCACUUGCAUACCAAGCGUCCAACAUUUACCCCCCCCGCCCCCCUAAAAAUGUCCUCCUGUGAUCUACACAAUUCACGUAGGUCACCCUUUUUGACUUCAAAACGGCGAAUUUCGUCGAAAAGAGAGAUUUUCAUGCCUGGUGUAUGAUUCGGAAUUUGGAAUCUUCUCGAAGGCAUCAUGGGCACUCGAGAAACAAAUCUUUUUAAUUGUUCAUUCAUGACUAAAUAAAUGUAUUUAGCUUAGGUUAUUAACGCUUUUUUUUUGUUUGUUUGUGUCGUCAUCUUCUGUUCAUUUAAGAGAAUUAAAGAACCUGUUAAAGAGAAAAGACUUUUUUCUUCUUCACUUUCCAUCCUUUCCCUCCGUCUUAUUGACACAAGUAGAUAUUCAAAACCAAACAGUAACAUGUCA